AUGGCAACUACAGCCCAGAUUCAUCAAAAUGGUACAUCCGACGGCUGGCAUGGAGAUAUCCCGAGCAGUCAAUUCCCCGCCGAAAAAGGCCGCUACCACCUUUAUAUUGGCCUUUUCUGUCCCUUUGCACACCGUGUGAAUUUCAUCCGACAUCUCAAAGGCCUCACCGACUUCAUUGAUGUGAGUAUUGUCAAGCCGUAUCCCAAGGGCGACGCCGCGGGCUGGCCAGGAUGGAAGUUUCCAAGCUCUGAUGAUGAGUACCCUGGGUCGACGGUCGAUCACCUUUUCGGAGAAGAUUAUAUGCAUAAGCUGUACUUUCGCGCGGAUCCAGAAUACAAGGGAAGGUAUUCUGUGCCCUUGUUGUGGGAUAAGAAGACCGGUACAGCGGUUUGCAAUGAGAGCACUGAGCUUCUUCGUUGGCUUCCUACGGCUUUUAACGAAUUUCUUCCGACUUCACUCGCCUCCAUUGAUCUUUACCCGUCUCAUUUGCGAGCAAAGAUCGACGCUAUUACACCUUGGAUGCAAUCUGAAGUGAAUGCGGGAGUCUACAAAGCUGGAUUUGCACCUUCACAGGAAGUAUAUGAUAAAAAUGUUGUCCCUCUUUUCGGUGCGUUGAAUAAGCUUGAGCGUAUCGUAGCUCAGCAUGGUGGCCCAUUUGUGUUAGGACAGGAAAUAACCGAGCUGGAUGUUCAGUUGUAUGCAACUUUGAUUCGCUUUGAUACGGUCUAUGUUCAACAUUUCAAGUGCAACCUCGGCACCAUUCGACAUGACUACCCAGUGUUGAAUAACUGGUUGAAGGGCCUAUAUUGGGACAUUGAUGCGGCUAGGGAGACAACUGAUUUCAAACAUAUCAAAGAGAACUAUACUAAGAGCCAUGGGGAUAUCAAUCCCAAGGCGAUCACACCCUUGGGCCCUUUCCCCGAUGUUGAAGAAGGCGUCGAAAGAGACUGGAGCAAGUUGUCUGUAGGGGGAGUGAAGCAUCCUGCAGUCUUACAAUAUGAGGCAACUAUAGCAGAUGUAUGA